CAUGGCGUUCUAGGCAGCAAAAAACACAGCAGACAGCAGCGCCAUCAAAAUUUGAAAACAAACACAUAUGUAAUCUAGGUUAAGGUACAAAAAUAUAGUAUCUUAUAAAAUCUAUUUCCAUUAUGUCACUUCUUAAAGGAUUAGUUAGUUGUCGUAUAAUCCCUCCUUGUUCAACGCGAUAUCACUGUUUAAUCUUGAAGUGUAACAAACAUGAAGGCAAAAACAAAAAUUAUUAUAUGCGUGUACUACAUGAAACUCCACUUGCCCCUGUCGGUGAUACGUUCGUCAAAGUUACUGGAAAUGGCUCUUUGAAUGUUUCAAAAUCGAUUCUCUUGCGUUUUAUGAACGAAAGGAUAUUUUUCAACUGUGGUCAGUCUGGUGAGAGCACAUUUAAAGGAACUCUAAACCAUGUAUUUGUGACACAUUUGGACUGGAUAAAGAUAGGCGGAAUCAUAAGUCUGAUUUACAAAGCCUCUAGCUCGAAACUUGAAGAAGUUACAUUCUACGGACCACCUGGAUUGGAUGUAUUUAUUCGAGCAUUGGAGAAUUUUUUAAGACUUGACAAUUUUAAGGUAAAGGUCUUUGAGAGCUCUGCCUUUGAAAGUGAUCUACUGCAAGUGAAAACUGUGCCAUUAAGUCUUAAGGAUGGGGUGUCUCACAAAUCAUGUGAUGUGGACAAGUCAUGGUUUAGAAAAAAAUUUACGUACAAACCAGUAGUACAAGAAGAAUCUCUAUUAGACAGGGUACCACAAAAUUACAUUGAUUUAAACACAGCUCAUAGCUAUAUCAUUAAAUUUGUUUCAAAAAAUGCCUGGGUGCUUUCGGAAUGUGUGAAAAGAGGUGUGAAGCCUGGAGAAAAUAUGCAGAAACUCUGGAGAGGAGAAAGUGUUGUUCUUGAGGAUGGUUCAAUUGUUACACCAGAAGAUGUAAUUAAGAGCGAUAAUUUUCCUAAUGUGAUAGUUUUGGAUGUUCCAAGUGAGGGAUUCAUAGAGGAUCUAAUGCAGAAAGAAGAGUAUAAGGAAUUUUUCUCGUCAACAAAACAAAAACAAAAUUCAUGUUUAGUGGUACAUUUUUCACCAGUAAAUGUUAUGAAGGAUGAAAGGUACAUAUCUUGGAUGCAAUGUUUUCCUCCAACUACCAAACAUUUGAUAGUUAAUGAAAGUAAUUUGUGGCAAACACCUGAAAGAGUCCUUAAUAGACAAGAAAUUUGUAGACUCAUUAGUCCUGAGUUUUUUCCACAGUUAAUCUCAAAUGUCAUACGAACUCCUAAUCAUCCCUCUCAUUACACGGUACGGGAGGUCUUAGAAGCUGAUGAGCCAGCCUCUUAUGUGCCUGAUAAAAAUUCUGAAAGAUGGCUACAGGAAUGGAAAAAUAUUCCAAAAGAAGUUCAGAUAUUAGAAUCAUGGCCAGGAACUACUAUAAACUUAAGAUCUUUACUUCCAGUUAGGUCAUUCCAACCAUUCAUGGUUUCUGAAGACCCUAUCAAAAGCAGGAAGCUCUUUAACAUCUGUUCAAAGACAUCUCCAAAAAACCCAAAGAUAACAUUUUUAGGUACAGGUUCACAGGGUAACUCAGCUUAUCGCAACUCAUCGGGAAUACUGCUUGAAAUGAGUUCUGACUGUUCAAUUAUGCUAGAUUGUGGUGAUGGAAUGAUGCAUCAACUUUCAUGUUUAAAUGGCACAUCACAAAGAGAGAAAGUCCUUUCUUCACUUAAGUGUAUUUUUGUAUCUCAUACACAUGCUGACCAUCAUGCCGGCAUAAUUGGUCUCCUGCUUGAAAUAAGAAAAAACAACAUUUCAAAAGGGAGAAAAAACAAAUUAAUAAUACUUGUUCCACCAGUCUUCGUAAGUUGGCUUGAAACUUACCAUCACAAGUUUCAGCCAAUUCUGGAUGAUGUCAUCCUCAUUAAUCUCUCAGACAUGGUGACCUUGAGACACAGUGAUGAAGAAUUCAAUUCUCUGUUCCGUAAACAUUUGGGGAUGAAGAAAGUAUUGGUCUGUUAUGCUAAACAUUCCGCAUUUUCCUACUGCAUCUGUUUUGAGCACAGUUCUGGUUGGAAAAUUAGUUACUCUGGAGACACUCAAAUGAACAGAAACUUUGUGGAUAUAGGAGAAAGAAGUGAUCUGUUAAUUCAUGAGGCAACAUUUGGAACUGGAUUAGACUUAAUGGCAAAACAAGCUAGACACAGCACAACUAAAGAUGCCAUUGCUGUAGGAAAAAUGAUGGGUGCUAAACAAAUAAUUCUGACACAUUUUAGCAAACGAUACCCUGCAAUCCCAUGUAUUCAAAAUAUAGAACACACAAGCAAUGUCAGUGUAGCAUUUGAUUUUCUGCAGUGUCAUCUCAGUGAUUUUCAUCAUCUACCAAAACUAAAUGAUUGUUACAAAAAGGUAUUUGCCUCUUUCGAGGCAGAGAACAUAGAGGAGCAUAAUAGGCUUUUAACAAGAGAGUCACUAUUAUCAGAAAUGACCAAAACAAGAGGACCUUAUAGUAAAGAAGAACUUCAAUAAAUAAAAUACUACAGAAAAACAAA